CUGUCUGUUAGAGUUCGCUGCUGCACUCAUCAGUAGCCAAGCAUGGGCAGUGUGUAGCAUGCCAGCCUCUAAACACUGGGCAACAGCAACGUAGCCAGGAGCUUCUCCACUACACAGCCGCAUGUCACUACUUUAGGUCUUUUCACUUUUUUUUUUUCUACAUAUUACCUUUUGGUCCUUGGUUUUACCAUGGAGUUGGGGAAAAUUCAUCUGAAUCUAAAGACAGUACUGCUGACAAUGAUGAUGUUCAAAUGGGGAAUCCUGUGCACAGCCACUUCAGACAAAUGUUUGUCUGCUCCCUGCCAGAAUGGAGCCACCUGUGUGGACACCAUGGAUGACUACGCCUGUCUCUGUGCCAGAGAGGGGGUCCAAUACAUGGGCAAAGACUGUGAUGAGCUCUAUGACGCCUGCUCCUUUGCCCCGUGUGACAACUGCACCAGCACCCCGGGCACGGCAGAAUACCACUGCCUCUGCCCGGAUGGACUCACAGGGGAUAAUUGCACUGAGGAGGUGGACGAGUGUCAGAGCAACCCAUGCUCUGAGCCCCGCUCUCUGUGUGUAGACCAGCUGAACGGAUACUUCUGCAGAUGUCCUCCUGGGUACGGGGGUUGGGACUGCAGGACACAUGUGACUGACUGCAUCGAUGAACCCUGCAGCAACAAUGGCACCUGUGUGUUGAGACCACAGGGCUUUGAAUGUCGCUGUGCACCGGGGUUUGAGGGGACGACCUGCGAGGAAGAUGUGAAUGAGUGUUUGUCAGAGCCCUGUCAGAACGGAGCUAUCUGCAUCCAAGGAGUGGCAGAGUUCCACUGCUUCUGUGUGCCGGGGUUUCAGGGUUAUAACUGUGAGAUCGACAUCAACGAGUGUGCCUCACGACCCUGUGAGAACAACGCCACCUGCAUCAAUGAGAAGGACCACUAUGAGUGCGAGUGCCUGCUAGGAUUUGCAGGAGUCAACUGUGAGGUGGAAAUCGAUGAGUGUGAGUCCGGGCCCUGCCAAAACGGGGCCACCUGCCACGACCUGGUCAGCACGUACGUGUGCGAGUGUCUUCCCGGCUUCGAUGGCAUCGACUGUGAGCUGGAUGUGGAUGAGUGUGCCAGUGAGCCCUGCCAGAACGGAGCCCGCUGCCAUGACAUGGUGAACAGCUAUGAAUGUGACUGCACCGAUACAGGAUUCCAGGGUGACUACUGCGAAGUGGACAUCCCUGAGUGUGCCUCCAAUCCCUGUCAGCACGGCGCCUCGUGUUCAGAGGGAGUCCGAGGAUACGCCUGCCUCUGCUGGCCAGGUUAUGAAGGAGCAGACUGUGAGAUAGAUAUCGAUGAGUGUGGCGAGCAGCCGUGUGACAACGGCGGCGAGUGUUUCGAGCGCUCUGAUCCGUCCCACUGGGAGCUGGACUGGGAGCUCAGCUUUGCAGAUGCUGCUGGAUACAUCUGCCAGUGUCAGCCAGGCUUUGCAGGAGAGAACUGCUCGGUCAACGUUGACGAGUGUGAGUCUGAACCGUGCCAGCACGGGGCCACUUGUGAGGAUAAGAUCAACGGCUACACCUGUGCAUGCGCUGCUGGUUUUCUAGGUGAGCUGUGUGAAGUCAACAUUGAUGAAUGUGAGAGCCAGCCGUGUCAGAAUGGGGGCUGGUGUGAGGACGGCAGGGCAUCCUACACCUGCCACUGCCCUGAGGCCGAGUCAGGUGAACUUCCAUGGGGAGGGGCUAACUGCCAUGUGAAACUCUACGGCUGUGUAGACCAUGAAUGCCAGAACGGUGCCAAGUGCCAGGCGUGGCUGGAGGCUGGAGAACACGGCCACACAUGCUUGUGCCCCCAUGGCUUCUAUGACGAGCAGUGCUCCACCAGAACUACUUUCUCCUUCUCCAGUCCUGGAUUCAUCCACAUUCAGGUUGUUCUAGAAGAAAGGACCCGCAGGGAGGUGGAGCACCGUGGUCACCAUGGUUUUGGAGUACAGCUACGCUUCCGCACAACUAUACACAAUAUGUUGCUCUUCUACAGAGGGGAUGUGGACAAUCACCUCUUCUUGGAGAUUGUGAAUGGUGGUCUUCACGCAAAGGCCUUUUCUGAGGAGUCUGAACUGGAUGUAACAUUUCCUGGUUUGGUCAGUGACGGAGACUGGCGGGAUGCUCAUGUGUUUGUAGAUAAUGAAGGGCUGGUUCUGAUUGUGAAAGGCGCUGGCUGUGACAGGGAUGGGUGCACAGUCACAGAUGGUGGUGCUGAUGAAGCAGCUUUCCAACCCUCUGAAGCCUUCACUCAUGUAUAUGUAGGUGGAGCACCAGAGCACCUUUUGGAGUACUCUGAGAGGGGUGCAGGCUUCAUUGGAUGUAUGGAAGACCUGAUGAUUGAUUCUAAGCCUAUCCUACCACAAACACUUCCAGAAGACCAGGGCCAUGAGCUGGGCUGCAGUAAGACUGAGUGGUGUCAGCCGGACCCCUGCUAUGGACAUGGACGCUGUGUGGACCUGUGGACCAGCUACCAGUGUGACUGCUACCGGCCCUUCCGUGGUGAGCGCUGCUCUCGAGAAUUCCCUUCGUGGACAUACAGCCAUGAGGACACAGUGAGCUUCAGUGUCUACGAUGUAGGUCAGAGCCACGGGAGCAACUUCAACGUGUCCUUCUUCCUGCGCUCCUUAAAGCCAGACGGGCUGCUCUUCCAGCUCCGCAGGGCCACAGGCGUCUACUUCUCUGUCUUCCUGGGGAUGGGGAGGGUUUUUGUCAGCUCUCUGCCCAACAAUGCCCCACUGACAGCUCCAAUAUUUGUGACUACUGGCGAGAAGCAACUUCUACAGGUGGAAAUCCGACACAGACAGGUGAUCUUUGAGCACGCAGGACUUCGCUACGGAAUAGGAGAGAUCCCCGAAGUAGAUGUCAAGAGUGGGGAUCAGGCCUAUGUAGGGGGACUUCCAAGAGACUGGGACUCUGACAUGUGGGGGGGGCAUUACAAAGGUUGCCUGCAGGACCUUCGGCUAGACUCGGUGCAUCUCGAUGUGGAUGCCUGGAACAGCUCAGAUGAGGAGGAAGUGUAUUUACCAAGUGAUGCUGACAACGUACAGAAGGGCUGCGUCAGUGAUGACACUUGCAAGAUGAAACCUUGUCAGAAUGGAGGAGAAUGCACCAUCACCUUCAACGAUUUCACAUGUUCUUGUCCAGAGGAAUACACCGGAAAGACCUGCGAAACCCGUGUGUGGUGUGUUAGUGGUCCUUGUGUCAACGGCGGCCAUUGUGUGGACCUUCCAGAUGGAUAUGAAUGUGUGUACAACGCCACGUUUGAGAACAGCGCUGUGCACUACAGUGCUGCAGGCUCCCUGGCUGAACCUGUCUCUGACGUAUACAUGGAGCUGCGCACUCGUUCAGAGAACGCUGUGCUCCUGAGGGCCUCCUGGGGCUCGGACCUGCUGCUGGUCGGUCUGCUGGACUCCUCAGUCCGGGUGGAGAUCCACAUUGGCAACAGUGUCGAGGCACUGACCUUUACAGGAGUCCGUCGGGUGGCUGACGGGAGCUGGCAUCGCGUCAACAUCUCAAUGGCUGAGAGGGAGCGCAAAGCCUCUCCCUGGGUCAUCACCGUGGAUGGAAUCACAGACGCCAGUAGUGGGCCAGAGCGCACAGGGAGCCUUGUCUUUCUCAGGGCCAAGGGGGCCACGCUGGCCAUUGCAGAGAGCUUCACUGGCUGUUUGGGUGCAGUGAGGCUCGGCGGAGUCUACCUACCUUUUGUCGAUGACUACAAAGCCCCGCAGCCGUCUCAGUUCCACUUAGUUGGAAAAGCAAAGAUUCGUUUGGGUUGUACCAGUGCCCCUGUUUGUGAUUCAGACCCUUGUAUGAAUGGAGCCACCUGUGAAGACCUCUUCAAUAAGUUUGGCUGUGUGUGUGACUCGGGUUGGGAAGGGGAAGUGUGUGAGACAGACACUGAUGACUGUGCGUCUCAGCCCUGUGUUCAUGGAAGCUGUAAGGACUACUUAGCUGGUUACGAGUGCCGCUGCCACCCUGGAUAUGCUGGUCCACUCUGUGAGCAGGAUCUGGACGAGUGUGAGCAUCACGCCUGUGAACAUGGAGGCAUCUGCCAGGAUGGAGCCAACAUGUACACCUGUACUUGUCCCAAGGGCUACAGUGGCCCUCUCUGCCAGUGGGACUAUCCUCCGAUCCAGUGUGGUGAAGAUGUGCAGUGUGAAAAUGAUGCUAUCUGCAAUGACGGGCUGUGGGGGGCUAACUGUACCUGUAUGCCAGGCUUCACAGGCACCAGGUGUGAACUGGAGAUUGAUGAGUGCGAGUCUAACCCCUGUCGAAACGGGGGUUCCUGUUUGGAUCGGUUCAACAUGUUUGUGUGUGAAUGUCCUCCUGGCUACAGCGGUCCAGUCUGUGACACUAACGUACGUUGGUUACAUUUUUAUUCUUCACGAACAAGCCAAGAGAUGAGAUGACAUUUUCACUUGUUUCCUAGCAACAUGUACCACAUAUCCCUAGAAACAUAAAAAAAGUGAUUUUUUUUUAUUGAUUUGAAGGCUAGAAUGUGUAAGAAUCCUGUUGUGUGUGACUCUGCAGAAACGUGCCCAGAGACAAGGCAUCCCCUGGCUGCUGGUGGCCAUCCCACUGCUCUGCUUCUGCGUGCUGAUCCUCACCGUCGGCCUGGCCUUCAUGGUGCUCACAGCCAGGAAGAAGCGCCAGUCGGAGGGCGCAUACAGCCCUAGUGCUCAGGAGGUGGCGGGGGCUCGGCUGGAGAUGGACAGCAUGCUCAAAGUGCCGCCAGAGGAAAGACUCAUCUGACACAGAGGCCGAGCAUGAUGGGAAACUUUUAGCUCCUCCACUGAGGGCAUAUGUUGUCUGGUGGUGCCAGGUACUGAGCCGGUCUGCUGCAUUAACUCUGUAGGUGCUGUGCCCCCACUAGUUUGUCUAUGGCGGGCCGUCAUCUGUGUUUAUAGUCCCAGCUAGUGCAGACGCUACGGUACACCCACGCUGUGGAAAGCAUUGUCAGUAGUUGUUAGGGCCCAGCAGCCCUAGACCUAGUCCUAGACCCAGCAGUCAGUAACGCUGCCCGUCCUCUACCGGCUACUAGAUGCUGCUCUAGGACAAUGCUCAGUCUCUAUUGGGGAGGGUUGGGAAUAUGCUCCAACCUAGAAUUACUUUCUUUACUAUAAAUGUUCCACUUAAAAGACAAGGCUUAAUUACGUUGGGUUAUUGAAUUAGGGGUGUCCAUCCACCUGACCUCACACAUGAAGCAUGUCACUGAAGAGUCUGGGAGCUCCCUGGAACUCUUUUCUCCAUGCUUCUUGUUUGAGCUUUAACUGGGGCUCUUUUAAAUCACCAUCAUCAUUCCGUUGUGUUCUCAUAUGCUGCGAUGGUUUCAUGGCUCCGCCAGCUGCUGAUAUUCACCGAUGGGGGGUAGGUUGCAGAUUGCUCCUCCAGCUUCCACUAAACAUAGAAGCUUUCAUGGUUUUUACAAAGUACUAGAGAGUAGGAUUAAGAUUGCAUACAGGAUUCUUACCAGGAGACUACAGACUGCAGAUUGGAGGAUUGGAGAGUGCAGUUUCAUAUCGUCUGAAACUCAGACACACAAGAGGACUUCUAGACUUUUCUCAGCAGUAAAAUUGCACCUCCGGCCUCCUGUCACUGCCUGGAUGACACACAUCCUGAGGUUUGUCUGUGCAUCCCUGACCACAUAUCAGCGCAGUGAUGGCCUUGCUCUGCACAUGUUUGUACUCGUACUUUGUGUGUGAAGGCAGGGCGAGGCUCCAGCGCUUAGUGGUUCCACUGACUGACACACACAUCACGAGAUGUUCAUCGGUUAACGACUCAUCAUCACUGGCAUGUCCAGACUUUGACAGCACCGAUUCAUGCAGGGCUGGCAUGAAUCACACACACACACACACACACACACACACACACACACACACACACACAGCAGUACUCAAGUGCUAAAAUACAAAUUCAUCUUCAUUUAGGAAUACCCUCCAUGUGGACACGAAAUAAGACAGAUAUUGUGUAAAUUGAUUAUUAAUAAAUGACCAAAAUCAGUUGCUAUGUAGUGAACCUGAGACUGUUGGGGGUCCGGCGGCUGUCUUCCAGGGGUGGUGUGUAAAGAGACAACAGUAUCACAUAUACUGGAUCGGGGGGGGGACUGCUUUCCAGGGUAUAAAACCCAUACAGAAACUUUAUUAAACGUUAUUUUCAUUUUGUUUUGUACACGGCCUGGUCCUGUGUCACCGCUGUACAGUUUCUAUAUUUAUUCUCUGUCCUCACAAAGGGAGGUUUCAGUAGCAAGGUGUGUUUUUAUCGAUGCAGAAUAUAUUAUGAACAUCUCAAUAUGAAGGCGACAUUGUUACAAUCUAAGGUUGAAAUAUUGCACCAAAAUAAGUAAUGCAAGGAAUAAACUGACCCAUGGGAACACGCUGUGGUGUGUGUAUUUAGUACACAGUAUUUAUACACAAUAAAGUCAAACUGGUUCGGAAGUGUGUGUGCAGCGUAUCCCAGCAUGCAUUGGACCAGAGGACAGGUGUCCUGUAUGUUCAGACUGGGGGGGGGGGAACUAAACAUCUUUUCAUCUGUUCUGUUGUGUUUUAGAAAUAUGAGCACCAUUUAAAAGACAAUGCUUUGGAAUGUGCAGAAAUUAAUCUACGUUUUAUGUUUUCUAGACAACAGGGGAAUGAAAAUAAACAAGUUAUAACAAUGUCUUAAAAAAUGUAUUUUAAUGUCAAAAUGUAUUAUAAAAUGUCUUUGCCAAAAGUCUUCAAACAAUGAUUUGUCUUUGCAGAUCUAACUAAAAGAAAAAUUUCACUUUUUUUUUACAUUUUCAAAAAAUAUCUUAACUUUCCCAAAUUAACUUCACUUUACAAAAAUGUCAUUGGUUUCUAAAAAAAGACAUGGUAUAAAUUUACAAAAAAUGACUUUGCUUUCCAAAAAUGCCCUUUCUUUAUUUACUUUUUUUUU